UUGAUUAGACUGGGAAGGAACCUCGGGAGAGAAGAGAAACACUCAGAGAUGGAUCAGGAACGAGCUUGGAUAAGAGGGCGCCUGGCUUGGAGUAAUGAGAGUUUGGCUACUCCACUGAGAGAAGGGGUCAGCCAGCCACAAAGACGGAUGCACCACUCCGGUCCUCCUUCUCUCAAGUUCAAGCAUAAUAGGCCAGCUUGGGAUGAUAGUGUCCACGAUCUGACAUCAAUGAGACUGACACCAACUGAGCUAGCGCGUAAGCUUGCAUCACGACAGUCAUCCAACUUGGUCCUGGCACGAGCCCAGUUAUUGGAGCAGAGCCGACGGCCGGGGGUGCACAGCCCUAACCUUCCACCAUCUCUCGCUGCUAGACUCCAAGCAACUUUUACCACUAAACCAAAACCAAACUAA